CAGCUGUCGUCGAAGCCUUUCUGUCAUUUCGUAUUUUCACGUUCAUUCUUCAACGAGUUUGUUCUUAAAGAAAUCACGGAAUCAAGAUGUUUGCUCGCGCCGCCGCCAUUUCUCGCACCGGAAUGACCAACCUGGUCCGGUAUUCUCACUCCCAGGGUGGAAUCCCCGGUGAGAACCUGCCUUUCAGCUUGACCAACCGCUACAAGCUGACUGCGUUGUUCAUCGUUUUCCUCGGAUCCGGACUGGGUACCCCAUUCUUCGUUCUGCGACACCAGCUGCUGAAGCAGUAAGAAGGUCACAGUCAGUGGUGGGAGUGCUAUGCUAUUAUAGUGGCGGGAUGGGCGAGUGUCUGGAUUAACCUGGGGCUUAGUUCAUCCGGUCGGAAAUUCUUGACCGGUGAAGAUCUAAAGUUCAAGUAUAAUAGAGCCGUAAUAAAA